GAACCGGGGGGGGGGCGGAGGCGGAGGGUGGGGACUUUUCCGUCCGCGCUCGAGCCACCGGCGCCCCGGAGAUGGAAAGGAAGCGCUUCGAGUGCUCGGCGCUGCCCUCCGGCUGGAAGCGGGAGGAAGUGACUCGAAAGUCGGGUCUGUCGGCGGGCAAGAGCGACGUGUAUUACUACAGGUUGCCAGUACAUCACGCACCAUUCCCUGGCCAAGAAGAGAGACAGGUGAUCUGCUACCAGGCCUCUGCCAAUGUAGCUCUUGAGCUGUCCACUAGGAGCCCAAGUGGAAAGAAGUUCAGAAGCAAGCCGCAGCUUGCACGGUAUCUGGGGAAUUCAAUGGACCUGAGCAGCUUCGACUUCCGAACAGGAAAAAUGCUCAUCAGCAAAUUGAAUAAAAACCGACAGAGGCUGCGCUUCGACUCUGCCAACCAGGUCAAGGGCAAGCCAGACCUGAACACUUCACUCCCUGUUAGGCAGACAGCUUCAAUCUUUAAACAGCCAGUUACUAAAGUUACCAACCAUCCCAACAACAAAGUAAAAAUGGAUCCUCAGAAAGCUGUUGAGCAGCCACGACAGUUAUUCUGGGAGAAGAAACUUACUGGAUUGAAUGCCUUUGAUAUUGCGGAAGAAAUAAUUAAGACUAUGGAUCUACCUAAAGGUUUACAAGGUGUAGGACCUGGAUGCACUGAUGAAACCUUGUUGUCUGCUAUUGCAAGCGCUUUGCACACUAGUUCAAAUCCUAUCACUGGCCAACUCUCAGCAGCAGUAGAAAAGAAUCCUGGUGUAUGGCUAAAUACCUCUCAACCUCUCUGCAAAGCUUUCAUGGUCACUGAUGAGGACAUUAGAAAGCAAGAAGAACUCGUACAACAGGUGCGGAAGAAGUUGGAGGAGGCACUGAUGGCUGAUAUGCUGGCACAUGCUGAAGAAUCUGGGAAAGAAUCGGAUAUAGUACAAGAUAAAGAGGACGACGUAUAGCCAAGGUUGUUACUUGAAUCCAGUGUUUUUCAGGGAAGUGUGGACAAAGACAAAUGAAAACAUUUGAAAGAAUGAGAAUCAAUGAAUAGUUGAAUCAUUUUGGAAUCUCCACAUUCAAGCUGGUUUAUAUGUUUGAAGAACCAUUUUUCCAAUUUGUAAAGUGCUUUUUGUCAGAUGGAAACGGUCAUUUGUGAUGGGCAUGUAGACCAUUGCCAGUAAUCAUUUUUAAACUUGGUUUGUUUUUAUAUGCAUAUUUUUAAAGCUAUGUAAAAUAUUGUAAAAAUGAUAUGUGCAAGUUGUCUAGCAAUAGGUACAUCCUAAUGUUUGUGAUUUAAUUGUGAAAUAAGCAUACAUCUUUAGUGACUCGUGCACUGAAGAAUGACUCAGUAUUUCUAGUUUUGUUUGUUACAUUUCUAGAGCAUUGCCUCAUUAAAAGAUUAAGAAAGCAUUCUCAACCCAGAAACUGCAUUCAUGCAUGUUCUGUGAAAUUUGUUUGAAUUGUUUUAUAAUGCAUGUCUACAGUUCCUCCCACCCUCGGUAAGUGUACAUUAUGUGUAGUGGAAUUAAACUGUAAAAGUUGGAAUAGCUUGUCAAUAAAAUCUUGUUGCCAUAUGUUUUCUAUUAAAACCAGUAACAUUUUGAAAUUAUUGUGAAUGAGCUUGGAUUUGCGGUGAUAUACAGCAAUGUUCUGUUUUAGAUAUGGGUGCAACCAGUGUAUUUAACUGCCAAAGGCAAAGGAAAGCUAGUUUUUGUAUAAAUAAAGGCAAUGUUGAACUUG